CCCUGGUUAUAUUGGUCUUUCAAAUCUUCUUCAAUAUGAUGCUGGUUCCAACCUUGUGUUUGGUGACUCACCAAACGCCUUGCAAUCAUUUGCUCUUGGUGCUGGUAUGCCUCAGGAAAUUGAAGUAUGGGUUAGAUCAUGGCCAUUUCCUACUAGAAAAGAAACUACCAGAAUUCUUAACAAAGAGUGCAAAUCUGCAUGGAUCAAUAAUCAAUGUAUUUGGCAGCAACAUGGUGUAUGGGGAAUUGAUACUAACACCUCAAAACCUAAAGUUUUGGUUAAGGAUUAUUUCAUGAAACACCCAAAAACUGGUGAAAAGUUAGAAUUCUACAAAGAUUUCUAUUUGCCAUUUGUAAAAAAAUAUUCGGAGGGUAUUCAAAGUGUUAAACACGAUUAUUAUAUUUUUGUGGAGCCACUUCCAAAUGAGCCACCACCAAAAUGGACGCCUGAAGAUCACCAUAACAAUAUAGUUUAUGCGCCUCAUUGGUAUGACUUGAAAAGUCUGUUUACAAAAACUUUUGACGGCAUGAUUACACAUGAUGUUCAGCGUCUUACUCGUGUAAGUCAAGUACGAAACAUUGUCAAAUAUGGUCUUGAGAAUGUAGGAGACAAGCCUUGUGUUAUCGGGGAAUGUGGAAUACCAAUGGAUAUUAAUGAUAAAAAAGCUUUCGAAACUGGUGAUUAUACACAUCAUAGCAAUUUCUUGGAUGCAGUGUUAGGUGCAAUGGAAAGGAAUCUUUGUUUUGAUUCAAAUAAAAAUUAUAAAUACAGACUAUGGAAUUAUAAUCCAUUAAAUGAUAACAUACACGGUGAUCAUUGGUAUGGUGAGGAUUUUUCAAUAUAUUCACCACCUCCCUACAAGACUAGUGCACCGACAACUCCAUCUGCAUCAGUAACUUCAACCACUGUAACGAGCGAAGCCACAAUCUCCAUUGUAAAUAAUGAAUCAUCAAAACUCAAAUCUAGAAUGAAAAAAACUCUCAAAAUCCAGACAUUUCAGGUUAAUGGUUCAAAGGACCAAACAUUUCAAGAUACACUUGAAGAUCAAAAAGAUCAAGUGUUUCAGGACGCAACUGAGGAGCCUAAUACUGCUGAGAUAUAUGCAGAGUGCGAAAACACCAUGGACCAAUUAAGCCCUACAAGCCCUACAUCUCCAUUUGACCUAAAUCCAUGGCAGCUUGAACGAGACCAAGAAGAGUCACAUCAUACAGGAGGCAGAGUCUUGGAUGCAGUUUUGCGUCCAUAUGCAGCUAAAAUUUGUGGUAUACCACAUACCAUGGCAUUUAAUAUAAAAACUAAAGAAUUUACGUUUAUAUUUACAAAUUAUCCAGCGUCACAGCGAAUUGAAAAUACUGAUGUUCUUAUUGUUGCACCAGAAACCGAAAUAUAUAUCCCGAGCUAUCAUUAUAAAAAAUUAAAUCUUGAUAUCCGAGUUUCGGAUGGAGAUUGGAGGUAUGUUAAAAGCGUAGAACACACUAUACGAAUAAGAGGCAUUGAAAGUUCAGCAGUUAUUCUAUCAGAGACAUCAGGAAGUGUUGAAUAUACGAAUGACGAUAUCAAAAAACAAAACAAUUUGAACAUUGAAGAAAGACCAGUAAAUAUUAAAUGGGUUUUAGGAGCAAUUUUAAUUCUUAUGCUUGCAAUAUUGCCAUUUGAUAUGUUUUGGUGGGUAUUUUCAGGAAUGUGGAGGGCGGACAAUAUAGAAUUGAAAAAUGUUACGUUUAUAGUUGAUUAG